GCGUGAUACAGAUAACAUGGACAACUUUUGUCAAGUGGACCUUGAGACAGAGAUGAGCAGAGCAACAAUGAGUUUAACAGCAGCAGCGAGUGGGUUUGUUGUCUUCCUUCUCUCUGUGUCAGUGAUACAGGGUCAGAAUGACUGGGGAGUGACUUACACCUCUACUCAGAUCUGUGCCUUAAAAGGAUCAACAGUGGAAAUAAGCUGCAGCUACAGAUACCCAUCCAGAAUAAACAGCCUUGAUACUACAGUUGAGAAAGCAUUCUGGGUUACUGAAAUGAAUGGAAAUGAAAGUGUGGAUCUGAGAACAGAGUCAGAGUACGCAGGUCGUGUGCAGUACAGCUGUAAUGAGAAGAGCUGCACUCUGAGAAUCCCAGACCUGAGAGAGAGCGACUCAGCUGAGUACAAGUUCAGGUUCAUAACAAACCAACCAGGUGGGAGUUUUACUGGUUCACCUGGAGUCACUUUGUCUGUCACAGGUUUCCACGUGCAGAUGAGCAGAUCAACACCAUGCAGAACUGAAACAUGUACAUGGUCACAGCUUAUGUGUCUCAGCAGUUGUCAUCUACCUGAUCAAGCUUCCUACAUCUGGUACAAGAAUGGACAGCAAAUUCAGAAAGAGACAUCUUCUUCUUAUUCAGACUACUUUUAUCCUGCAGACAGCUGUUCCUGUGCUCUUAAAGGACAUGAGGAUUUUCCUUCUCCUUCAGUGUGUGUCCAUGGUCAUUCAUGCAGCAGAGUGACAUACACUGACAGAAGCAUCUGUGCCUUCAAAGGCUCAUCACUGGACAUUUCUUGCACAUACAACAGUUAUUACAGUUAUUAUUAUUAUUAUUAUUAUGAUAAAUCAACAUUGUGGUUCAGUCCUGAACGUAGUCAUCAGUGGCAGAAUCCUUCACAGCCUGAGGACCUUAGUGAAGACUCCCAGUAUGCAGGUCGUGUUCAGGUCCUUGAGACAGAGGGAGGACGCUCCACUCUGAGAAUCACUGACCUGAGAGAGAGCGACUCAGCUGAGUAUCGCUUCAAAUUCAAAACAGGGAGCUUUGAAUGGAGGAGUAGUUUACCUGGUACAACUCUGACUGUCACAGAUCCAGAUUUACAGGUGCAGGUGAUCUGGUCUUCUACUGGUCCAAAGCUGAUUUGUCACAGCAGCUGUCUUCGUAGUCGUUCUUCUUUUGGUUGGUACAAGAAUGAAACGAAAAUUAAGGAAGAAACAUCUCCUUCUUAUAGAGGACACAUUGAUCCAGCAGACAGUUAUUCCUGUGCCUACGAGGGUUACCGCUCUCUUCCAGUGUAUGCUCCGAUGGUUCCCUCAGUGUUGAUGAGUCCCCCUGGUGACAUUAUGAAGGACUGUUCAGUGACUCUGACCUGUAGCAGUGAUGCUAAACCAGCAGCUAAAUACACCUGGUACAAGAAGAACCAAACACUGCUCAUUAAAGAACCACAGCUUGUCUUCACGUCCAUCCAGUCCUCUGACUCUGGAGAGUAUUACUGUACAGCUGAGAAUGAGCUGGGGAGGAGGACAUCUGAACACAUCUUUAUUAAUGUGAGAUAUGCUCCAAAGACCUCCUCUGUGUCAGUGAGUCCCUCUGCUGAGAUACUGGAGGGCAGUUCAGUGAAUCUGACCUGCAGCAGUGAUGCUAACCCAGCAACUACUUACACCUGGUACAAGGAGAACCAAACACUGCUUCAAGGACCAGAAGGCAUCUAUCAUUUCACCUCCAUCAGCUCUGAGAACAGAGGGAUCUACUACUGCAAGUCUGAGAAUCAAUAUGGAUGGACUAUGUCAUCGUCUCUAUCAGUAGAUGUCCAGUAUGCUCCAAAGCUUCCCUCUGUGUCAGUGAGUCCCUCUGGUCAGAUAGUGGAGGGCAGUUCAGUGAAUCUGACCUGCAGCAGUGAUGCUAACCCAGCAGCUAAUUAUACCUGGUACAAGGAGAACGAAGACUCACCAAAAGCAUCAGGACAGAUCUUCACCAUCACUGACUUCAGACCUGAACACAGUGGGAAUUAUUACUGUGAAGCCCAGAACAGCAGAGGAAGUACUGACUCCACCUUACAUCUGAUUGUUCUGGCAGGUGCGAGGAAAUCAGCAGCUAUGGGAUCAAUCAUUGCCAUUCUUCUGGCUUUCAUACUCCUCGCUGUCUUUCUAUGGAUUAGACGAAAUAAGUCCUUCACACAACAGUCACAAGGUGGAGAGAGACCCGACAGCACAGCACAGCUUAACACAGGUCCAGUGUAUGACAACCUAUCAGCUGCAGCACAGAGACAAGCAGCAGAGCAGCAGGAUGACCUUCACUACGCCAGCAUCUGCUUCUCUCAGAACCACGCAGGUGCUCUCUACUCCAUCAGGCCAGCUCAGCCCCACAGACAAACAGAGGAAGAGGACGAGGAGGACGGUGUUGAAUACACUACUAUCAAAAUUGACAAUGCCCCAGGAACAAGACGUCAAGGAGAUGGGGAGGAUUUAUUUGCACUGUACAGCACAGUCAACAAAAACAAUGUGAACACAACAUGAAUCUGUGGUCUGUUGGAUAUAUAUAUAGAUUUUCUCUGCACCUUGUAUAAGCAGGUAGCCACGCUGAGGUUAGGGAUACUGUGCUGUGUUCAAAACCUAACAUGGCAGCAGCGGAUGGCCGCCCACCAUUGAGUCUGGUCCUGUCCAAGGUUUCUGCCUCUUAAAGGAAGUUUUUUCUUGCCACUGUAGCCAAAUGCUUGCUCAUGGUGGGAUUUGUUGGGUCUCUGUAAUUAAUUUUAUAAAGAGUGUGGUCUAGACCUGCUCUAUAGGAAAAGAGCAAAGAGAUAACUUCUGUUAUGAAUUGGUGCUAUAUAAAUAAAACUGAACUGAAUUGAAUUGUGCAUUCCUUAGGACACACAUGGCUAUGCAGCAUCAAGGCAACCAUCAAAAAUAAAAACGUGGGGUAUGUAAA